AUGGUCUUCGAGGAUGAGAGCAACGACGACUUGUCUAGCCUGCAGAUCUCCUCCUUCGAUGACGAUAUGCAGUAUCAGAUUCCUGCUAGCAUUGAACACCAAGACUACAAUGGCUUGGAGAAGGCACCCGAGGGGCUCUGCAUGGAGCAUCGGCUGCCAACUGAGCGUCGUGUAGCUUUUGAAGCAUUUGAUACGAGCGGGAGGUUUCUAGUUUGUGCUCAGCCUGCAGGUCAGGAUUGUGGUUUUCUUGGGUGGGUUGACCCAAAGUGGCCUCCCACAAUGCAAAAUGCAUUGUUAAAGCUUUGGGAAAUGUUUGAAGACAGCAGGACUGCUAGGAGGAAGGAUAACCUGGUAUUUGGCGACUUGUGCGUCGUCUCCUACUAG